AUGGGCAAAUCCAUCCUCCUAAUCAACGGCCCAAACCUGAACCUCCUGGGAACACGCGAGCCACACAUCUACGGACACACAACGCUCUCUGAUGUAGAAUCAAACAGCCGCGAGGUCGCCGCCAGCCAUGGUGCUGUGCUCGAUUCUUUCCAGUCGAACCACGAAGGCGCGAUCGUGGAUCGCAUCCAGGCGGCGCGUGGCAAGGUCGAUGGUAUCAUCAUCAACCCGGGCGCAUACACACAUACCUCCGUUGCAAUCCGCGAUGCCUUGCUCGGCGUCGCUAUUCCCUUUAUUGAACUCCAUGUGAGCAAUGUUCAUGCGCGUGAGCCUUGGAGACACCACUCGUACUUCAGUGAUAAGGCUGCGGGCAUUAUUGUUGGUCUUGGUGUUUAUGGGUAUAAGGUUGCUGUUGAGCAUGUUUGUGUUAAUUUCGAGGAGAAGGAGAAGGAGGCUAAGGCUGCACUGUGA